AUGGAACGUCCACCUGUCACCCUUCAGCGUUCCAAGGUGCCACAGCCACUUUCAUCUGGCGGCCGCCACUGUUGUCAUGCCUCGGCGACGUCUGGGUGGCGCUUGACGGUCUACGAUCUACGGUCUACAGUCUACCGUCUACCGUCUACCGUCUACCGUCUACCGUCUACAGUCUACAGUCUACCGUCUACCGUCUACCGUCCACCAUCCACCGUCCACCGUCCACCUUCCACAACUCUCCAAGACGCCAGCCCGUGCCCGACUUCGUUAUCAACCGAGCGACAGAUCUGGCAUGUGCUCGCAGGACCCACGUUUCCUCAUUUCCUACUUGGUGCCUAUCUCGUCUUGAUAACAGCACGAAUAAAACAGAUACGCUGCUUGCCCGGCCUUGCGUCCGUGUCUUCGAUGCUCGACGCUUGUGCCCGUGCUCGAGUGCUGAGGUGA